AUAUCGUUGUGGAUACGAAAAGUGCGACAAGAGAGAGUAGCCGUAAAACAGUUGAAAGAGGACAGUUUUAGUCCAGUCUUUGAAGAGUGAGGUACGUCAAGCUGCUAAGCGCUUGAUGAUUCUUAUUUCGAUUCCGAUCAUGUGAAAUUUAAGAGAAAAUUUAAAAAGGCUACUUGACCUGUCUGUGAAAUAAUACAAUUACUAGAAAUUUACGAGUAGCUGCGUCUAAAGUAAACGAGAGUGUCGCAUUUGUGAUUAUCCGUUAUGAUUCUGUAGUCACACAUUGGUAGACUGAACGACGCGAGAAUCGUGGAAGCCAGCAGGACAACGACUUGAAUCUGAUUUUUAGAAAGUAAAGAGGACCAGCACUUUUGGCGGCUGUGGACUCUAUUUGAGGAUAGCUUUGAAGAAAUUACGAGCAAGUAUUCGUACGAGAUGAAGGGUUCCGAAAGAGAUUGGAUAUUUAGAAUCCAGGUGUCUGGAUUGGAGAAAAAUGAAUGUGUUUACGUAGUAGGCAACUUACCAGAACUUGGUGCCUGGAAUCACAACCAGGCUAUUCAAUUAUCCAAGGAACAGGAUGACGUAGAUACAUCGGCGCUCUGGAGAAACAGCAGUGGACAAUUUUCCAGUGAAAAUGGACAUGAGCCUUUUGAAAGAAAUUCGUAUGACGAUUCUGAAGAAAGUGGUCCAAUAUUCUCACAGAAGCUAAGCUUGCCCACCGAUGUAGACAUCGAAUUUCGAUACUUCAUUGCCGUUAUAUGUCAAUCAAAUGGUACUAAAAAUUCCGCCAGAACUCUAAUAAUCCGAAGAUGGGAAACUCAUAUGGAUCCGCGUAUAAUUAGAAAAAACACAUCCAGCAAUUUCUCAGAAGAUAACGUACCAGACCCUGACAAAUUUGGAUAUCACAAUGGGUACAGAAAAGUUGAAAGAGGUUGGCUCACUGAUGAAACAGUUAUCCAAUUUAAACUCUUCAAUAAUCCCAUCAAGCUCUGGAAGAACCGAUUACAAAAUAGGAAGGUCUUCAUCAAGAUGACUCCAGUGAACCUAGUGAGACACAAUUCUCUAGAAUUACAGCAAUACGGUGGUGACUGCGUAGAUGACAGUCUUUCAAUUGAUACCCAAGAUAUUGUAGAUCAGCCUGCUUUCAGUAUUACUGAAGUAGCUGUGAUGAACGACGAGGAGAAUCAGUUCAAAUACCAGGAACAAUUCGGACGCGCAUACAACGAUGACGAAUUCCUCAUCUUCAGCGUAGCCGUCCGAUAUCCGGAAAUAAUCGCAUAUUUAGUGGACUUCUACGUAUACAGUUCUCGUUCAUUCCCUGGUGAGCCACCCAAUCAUAUAGGAUUCAGCUACAUUCUACCCAGCACUUUGCAAGCUAGCGUAGGUCUACUUACUGUACCAAUCACUAGCAGCAAGCACAGACCAAUUGGACAAUUGACUGUGGAAUAUGUGGCAAUCAAACCAAUUCCUGAUUAUCCAUGGGACAUGAGUAUCUCCUAUGCCAAGCAUUGGGAACAAAGGUGGUCCGGUCUGGAUGUUGGACAUAGGGGACUUGGAACUUCGUUUAAAUUUGAAAUGAAAAAUUGCGCUAACGUGCGAGAAAAUACUGUUGCUUCCUUGAAAACAGCUGCUCACCAUGGUGCUGAUAUGGUUGAAUUUGAUGUUCAACUAUCCAAAGAUAUGAUACCUGUUAUCUAUCAUGAUUUUUAUGUGUCGAUAUCUCUAAAGCGUAAGAAGCAAAUAGAAGCUAUGGAUAUGCUUGAGAUUCCUGUGAAGGAUCUCACCCUAGAACAACUACACUUGCUCAAGGUUUAUCAUUUGGCGGAGGCCCGAGAGAAGAAUCCAAGAUUCUUCGACGAGGAUCUAGAAGAUCAUCAACCCUUUCCUACUCUACAGACUGUACUCCAGGAACUGGAGCAGCAUGUGGGAUGCAACAUAGAAAUUAAAUGGACUAUGCAGCUCAAGGACGGAACGUUCGAACUGAAUCAUCCGUUUGAUCUGAAUACUUAUUUGGAUAUAAUUAUUAAAGUCACCCUGGAAUAUGGUGGCGACAGGAAGAUCCUCUUUUCGUCUUUCAAUCCUGAUAUUUGCGCCAUGAUUCGGCUCAAGCAAAACAAAUAUCCUGUGGUGUUUCUUACCCAGGGUAUUACUGCUAAAUAUCCAACUUAUCAUGAUCCACGGUGCCAGAGUAUACCCAUGGCGAUGCGCCACGCUCUGGCUGCUGAUAUUUUAGGGAUAAACGUACAUACGGAGGAUAUCCUCAGGGAUUCGUCUCAUGUAAAAGUGGUGAAGGAUGCUGGUCUCAUUAUCUUCUGUUGGGGCGAUGACAAUAAUGACAAAGACACUAUACAACAUUUGAAAAAGCUGGGACUUCACGGAGUUAUUUAUGACAAAAUGGACGAAUUCAAUGGUAAAGAAGUGAAGGAGAGUAUAUUCCUAGUAGAUGCUCGAGAAAGUCAGAAAGCUUUGAUAGCUCUAGCACAUUGUAAUCAAACUUGCGGACCGCAACAACAAACACUUCCCGAUCCUAUCAGUACCAAGAAGGAUUACGUCUUUGAACUGGAGAAGGCUCGUAACUCCAUCGCCGCAGCUUCAACAGCUACAUCUCUUGCUUCACUAGCCAAUUGUAGUCUAGGAGGAGACACAAUAUAUCCUGUACCCAAUGCUAACCUGUUAAAUUGCUGUGGCAGACCAGGGGAUAGGGAAAUCGGUGAUCUUGCCAAGGAUUUCAGCGUCUGCGCCAAAACUUGCGGUCAUCCAUCCAAACCAAGAAAUGUAUCAGAAUUGGUCUGUGGCGAGCCCAUUACCUUUCCUGAAAUUCCAGGAGAGGAUGAGUCGGCUAAGGACUGUCUCUGAUGUUUCUAUUUCAAAAAAAGCUUAAUGUCCUGGUUCUAACGCGUGACUCCCACUACUCACUGAUAAAAAAUAUACUUUUGCCCAUUCUUCGAUAUCUUUGAGUCCCACUAGUUGAAACACAAGCAAUAUUUUUUUGCCUAAUUUCACUCUAUACUCUGAUCAAUUAGUGACUAGGGAAACUUGCGUUAGAAUAAAUGAGGUAAAGCUAAUAGAAUAGAGUAAACAUAGUGAACGGAUUUUUUGGUACAAAGGUGUUCAUGUAAACUUGAAUUAAAAACGAACGUGCUAACUGUUGCCGUAGGAUUUUUUUUAGCAGUUCGUUUAAAUGACUCGCCAUCGCAAGGUAUCGCUGAUAUUUUCAUUUCACGUUAUGUAGCCAACAAAAAGACUACGAAGCCUCAAGCAAUGCCGUCUUGAUAUUCCAUGUAGCGUCUGAAGCUCAUUCCUUAAUAGCCAAUAUAAUCAUUCGUGCCUGUUUUAUUUAUGCUGUAGAACACUUAGUUACGCAUUCAUUCUUGGACAUUGAAAUUGUUGAUUUUUAUCACAUACGUAUGAGUGAUACUCAUCACGAAUGCAUAACAAGAUACAACUUCUAUGUCGUGCUUAAAUAUCGUAUAAUUUUAAGACCUUGUAAACCAACGGAACUUAUAUAUAUAUAUAUUGACAUCAGAUAAAUUGAACCUAAUUCGAAUUGACGCUCCUUCAUGGAUUAUAUAUAAAAUUGAUCGGCUUAGGUGGGCUCUAUGGAAUGAAAAUGCUGGCCGCCAUUGACUGGACUAUUUUCGCUAAGCCUUGAUCAAAUGAAAGGAAUAAAAUAAAUAGUUCGUUAUUGAUAAUCAUCAUUUAGACAAUUUUAACAGAAA